AUGGAAACAACUCCUCGUCCACACCUCAAAUCACUUGCCCACCGCGGCAUAAUCCAAGGUGUCACCCUUUCAAUCCCUUCCCCUCACCCCCGAGACUUGUGUCACUAUUUCGGAGGUGUUCGCUACGGACUCGCUCCCUCGGAGCGUUGGCGUCGCGCCACUCCUAUCCCCGCAUCCUUCCAAUACGGUAGCAAAGAUGCGCCAGGUCGCUGCGAUGGCGGAGCAGGACUGUGUCCACAGCCGGGCUUUUUGAACCUAUCGCCUGAGAAUCCAGAUGCGUGGAAUGAGGAUUGUUUCCAGUGUAAUGUGUGGACACCUAUUGGCGAGCCGCCAGCAGAAGGGUGGCCUGUCUUUGUUUUCAUCCACGGAGGAUGGCUCCAAUUCGGCACACCCAAUUCCUUCAAUGCCGCCGCAUUGAUCGGCGACACGGACUUCAAGGCUGUUAUCGUGAUGCCUGCAUACCGAGUCAAUCUGUUCGGCUUCUUAUACUCCGCGGAGCUAGAGCAAGAUGCUGCCACCGCUGGUGAGACAGUUGGAAACCACGGAUUCUGGGAUCAACGAUUAGCCCUGGAAUGGAUCAAGGAGAACAUCAACCUAUUCGGAGGCAACCCAAACAACAUAACCAUCUCAGGAUAUUCCGCGGGCGCAAACUCCGUCUUCCACCAAUUGGCCUACGACCUCCGCCAACCUGCCGAGAAAUCCAUCGUCCGCCAGGCCUGCAUCUGGUCAAACAGCCCAGCCGUACAACCGAAGCGUCCAACCGAGACCCAAACCCAGUUCAACCAACUCCUAGCUGCACUGAAUAUCCCAACCUCACUCCCAGCAAAAGAGAAGAUCUCCCGCCUCCGCUCCCUCCCCGCACAGAAGCUCCUCGACGCCGUCAAAACCAUCGAAAUCCAUCAAUUCAGACCAACGACCGACGGAUCCUUCAUCUCGCCAUCUCUAUUCCAAUCCCUCGACAGCGGCGAUUUCGCGCGUAGCAUCCUAUCUCGCAACGUGCGCAUCAUCAUCGGCGAAUGCGCCGACGAGCGCUUCCUAUACAGCACCUGGUUCCCGCCAACGGCCAAUACUCUUUCCGCGCUGCGCACCCGUCUCAUUGCUGAUUACCCAGAACAUAUCGUCGACGGUGUCAUUGCACACUACUACCCAUCCGGAAAGCUGCCGAGCAAUUGUAAAGACUGGGUUGAUGAUGCGUGGGGGCGGAUUUAUGCUGAUAUGCAAGUGCAUCAGAUGCAGCGGGGGCUGGCGUAUGCGCUUACGCAUAAUGAGGGGGGCGUUGAUGCUUCUGGGCAAUUAUAUCGAUAUCGUAUUGAGUGGCGGGCGAAGUGUAUGGAUGACGCUAUGCCGGUUGAGUGGGGGGUUACUCAUUCUUCGGAUUAUCCUAUUUGGUUCUUUGGGAAUGGGAAGGUGUUGGAGGAGGGGGAGAAGGGGAUUAUCAAGGAGGCUUUCGUUGGUCCUUUGGCUCGGUUUGUUCAGAGAGCUGGGGACUUUGGAUGGGGUGCUUCUGGGGCUAGGUUGGUUCGGACGUUGCAAGGGGAUGGAAAUGUAGCGGUUCGGGAGGAUGGGGCUUGGGAGGAGGGUGUUAGGGUUUGGAAGCGGUUGAGAGAUGUUGAUAUUGGGAAGAAUGCGAGGUUGUAG